CCCUCGUCAAUAACCACGGCAGAAGCAAAAUGAAAGAAAGGGUCCUGGUACAUAGUCCGACCAGCGUGCGAUGUUUUCGAGACUCAAAGAAAAGACAAGAAGUCAAAGAAGAUCAGACAGAACCAGAGUCUCAAGAUCCCGAGGCUUGUGUAUGGCAGAGCGGACGGGAUGCCCAAUUCUCCUUAGUCUAUGGUCCGAAAAAAUUACAAAAAAGAAACGAACAUACAACAGUAGGUAUUCGCUGGUGGUCACCCACCCAACUACUAAUCUACCGAUCUGAGGCUUAUGUAUGGCAGAGCGGACGGGAUGCCCAGUUCUCCUCAGUCUGUGGUCGUAUGUGACUACUAUUCUUUCAUUUGGUCUCAUAUACCAACAAGUAAAACCCAGGCAUUGCAAAACUGCGGUGGGAAGUUCAACCAGAUAUAUCUUGUUCAUACACUCUCUGCUUACUGCUCCUGCAAGUCUAAGGAGAGAGGUUGUUGUCAUAAAGUUGCUCAUAAAUGAUCCAUAAAAAGUGCUUUCUGCAUCCAAGUCCUACAAAUACACGCUCGGUAAGAUUGCAAUGCUACCGUUGUUCAAACCA